UGUUAAUGCAACUUCUCCACAUUUCUUUCUUUCUGUACAUCAAAUAAGUCUCCUCCCAAAAUUUAAAAUUCAACUUCAGGGAUACUCACCUCCCAACUACUCGCUUAGAUACCUUUGAAAUCAUAUCCUUCUAUUCUUUUUCCAUCAGAAUUCACUGCCAAGCAAUGUGACUCGGCGAAAAUGUAGAGUUGUUUUCCAACUUUUCCCCUUCUCAUCCACCAAGAGCCGCUGCCCGCACGACCCUAAAAUUCUCAGCUUUGAAACAAAAGCUAAAUGAAGGUCAAAUCCUCCCAAAGGUUGCUAGUUUUUAUCUCCAGUAUAUUUAUAAUCCGUUACACAAAAAUGGCCCAAACCUUGGUAUUCUGCCACUUCUUGACAAUAAUUUCAGUUUGCUAGAAAAAGAAAGAUACAAAAUUAUCAUUCACGAGAAGCUAUGGUGAGAGACUUUUGCCUUAUAUAAGGUUAGCUAAAGAUAGCUUUUAGGUUCCAUUCCCUUUUCCUAGAAAAGAAGAAAGCCUGCCUUCCUUUGGUGCUUAGAGACGACUCUUAGCAUCUCCAAGAUUCUUCUUCUUCGAUUCAAUUCAGAAACAUGAACAUGGAAAUUUCUGAACCAGAACCUCAGCAUCCAAAAUUCGCUCUUCCGGUGGACUCUGAACACAAGGCCACUGAAUUUCGCUUAUUCUCAGUGGCGGCACCACACAUGAGGGCAUUUCACUUGUCUUGGAUCUCCUUCUUUGCUUGUUUUGUCUCCAGCUUUGCAGCUCCUCCUCUCAUCCCUGUCAUACGGGACAACCUCAAUCUUACAGCAACAGAUAUUGGCAAUGCAGGGAUUGCAUCAGUUUCUGGUGCAGUCUUUGCCAGGAUUGCCAUGGGGAGUGCCUGUGACCUAUUUGGACCCCGUCUUGCCUCCGCCUCACUCAUCCUCCUCACUGCACCAGCUGUUUACUUUACUUCCUAUAUCUCAUCGCCUAUCUCCUUCCUUCUUGUACGCUUUUUCACAGGCUUCUCCCUUGCCACUUUCGUUUCAACUCAAUUCUGGAUGAGUUCAAUGUUUUCUGCUCCAGUGGUUGGGGCUGCAAAUGGUUUUGCAGGUGGAUGGGGCAACCUCGGAGGUGGGGCAACACAGCUGAUCAUGCCACUUGUUUUUUCCCUCAUCCGUAACAUGGGUGCGGUCAAAUUCUCAGCCUGGAGAAUAGCAUUCUUCAUUCCAGCUCUAUUCCAAACCUUAUCAGCUUUUGCUGUUUUGUUAUUUGGUCAAGACACACCAGAUGGUAACUUCAAGAGACUGAAUAAAUCUGGUGACAGACCAAAAGAUAAAUUUUCACAGGUUUUCUACCAUGGGGUUACAAAUUACAGGGCAUGGAUAUUGGCAUUGACUUAUGGAUAUUGUUUUGGAGUAGAGCUGACAGUGGACAACAUAAUUGCAGAGUAUUUUUAUGACAGAUUUAAUCUCAAACUCCACACUGCAGGAAUUAUUGCUGCAAGUUUUGGAUUAGCAAAUUUGAUUUCUCGACCAGCAGGAGGGUUUAUCUCAGAUGCAAUGGCAAAGAGGUUUGGGAUGAGGGGCAGGCUGUGGACCUUAUGGGUGGUGCAGACCUUGGGAGGUGUACUCUGCAUUAUCCUGGGACGAGUAGGAUCUUUGAAUGCAUCCAUCAUAGUGAUGAUUGUGUUCUCAUUGUUCGUCCAAGCUGCAUGUGGUCUUACAUUUGGAGUGGUUCCUUUCAUCUCCCGAAGGUCACUGGGGGUAGUAUCUGGUAUGACAGGAGGAGGUGGAAAUGUAGGUGCAGUUCUGACUCAACUAAUUUUCUUCAAAGGAUCCAGAUAUUCAAAAGAAGCAGGGAUAACUCUCAUGGGCAUCAUGAUGUUAUGCUGCACCCUUCCAAUAUGUCUAAUAUACUUCCCACAAUGGGGUGGCAUGUUUUGCGGCCCAUCAUCUAAAGAGAAUGCCACAGAGGAAGACUAUUACGCAUCUGAAUGGAAUUCAAAAGAGAAGGAGAAAGGUUUCCAUCAUGGAAGUCUGAAAUUUGCUGAUAACAGCAGAGGUGAAAGAGGUCGAAGGGUGGGCUCUGCAGCCACACCUGAUAGGACCUCAUCCAUGCAUGUCUGACUACUGUUUCAAGCAUUUUGAAUGGGUAAAAACCAUAUACCAAUAGCCCUAACAACCACCAAAAGUAAUGUAUUUUAGUAAGCAGUUAUCAUAUAUGGUUGUAUUGCAAGCAAGUUAAACAGUUGCAAGCUGUCAAAGAAUAAAUGAACACUUGGUAGCGUCAAUGAUUAUUUGUUUGAUACCCCAACUAAUGAGAGCUUUGCAACUUGUGUUUUUCUUCU